CCCAAUUUAGGGUUUAAGCUCUCUCUCUCUCUCUCUCUCUCUCUCCCGCUCUCGCUCCCUCGCUGAUGUGAGAUGGCUUCGUCGGGACCAGCACAGUCGCUCAAGAGGCGGGAUCCGCCGGCCAACAGAGAAGCUGACCGGCUGACGGUAACUCCACUGGGUGCCGGCAAUGAAGUGGGGCGGUCCUGUGUGUAUAUGUCCUUCAAAGGCAAGACUGUGUUGUUCGACUGUGGGAUUCAUCCUGCGUACUCGGGCAUGGCUGCUCUGCCUUACUUCGAUGAGAUUGACCCUUCCACCAUUGACGUUCUCCUCAUAACUCACUUCCACUUGGAUCAUGCAGCUUCCUUGCCUUAUUUCUUGGAAAAGACUACAUUCAAAGGUCGAGUAUUUAUGACUCAUGCUACAAAAGCUAUCUACAAGCUGCUUUUGUCGGAUUACGUCAAAGUAAGCAAAGUUUCAGUUGAGGAUAUGUUGUUUGAUGAGCAGGACAUCUUCCGUUCGAUGGAUAAGAUUGAGGUGAUUGAUUUCCACCAAACCGUUGAGGUGAAUGGCAUUAGAUUUUGGUGUUAUACGGCUGGGCAUGUUCUUGGUGCUGCAAUGUUCAUGGUGGACAUUGCGGGUGUUCGUGUCCUUUAUACUGGUGACUAUUCUCGUGAAGAAGACAGGCAUCUCAGAGCUGCCGAGCUUCCCCAGUUCUCCCCUGACAUCUGCAUUAUUGAAUCCACUUAUGGUGUACAGCUUCACCAGCCUCGUAAUAUCCGUGAGAAACGUUUUACUGAUGUGAUCCACUCAACCAUUUCCCAAGGGGGCAGAGUCUUAAUCCCUGCCUUUGCUCUUGGCCGUGCCCAGGAGCUCCUCUUGAUCCUCGACGAGUACUGGGCGAACCACCCCGAGCUCCAUAACAUCCCAAUAUACUAUGCAUCACCGCUCGCCAAAAAGUGCAUGGCUGUUUAUCAAACUUACAUCAAUUCCAUGAACGAUAGGAUCCGGAGCCAGUUUGCGAGCUCAAAUCCCUUUGAUUUCAAGCAUAUAUCGCCGCUUAAGAGCAUCGAGAACUUCAAUGAUGUGGGUCCUUCGGUGGUGAUGGCAAGUCCUAGUGGGCUUCAAAGUGGACUAUCACGGCAGUUGUUUGAUAGGUGGUGCUCAGAUAAGAAGAAUGCCUGCGUGAUUCCUGGUUAUGUCGUGGAAGGUACUUUAGCAAAGACCAUCAUCAAUGAGCCCAAGGAGGUGACUCUGAUGAAUGGUCUAACUGCUCCCCUUAACAUGCAGGUUCAUUACAUAUCCUUCUCUGCCCACGCUGACUUUGCUCAGACGAGCACUUUCCUGAGCGAGCUCAUGCCUCCUAACAUCGUUCUCGUCCAUGGAGAGGCAAAUGAGAUGGGUAGGCUUAAGCAGAAGCUUAUAACCCUGUUCACCGACCGGAACGCCAAGAUAAUCACUCCCAAGAAUUGCCAGUCAGUGGAGAUGUAUUUCAACUCCGAGAAAAUGGCGAAAACAAUCGGAAGGCUUGCUGAGAAAACCCCGGGGGUUGGUGAGACUGUUAGCGGUUUGCUUGUAAAGAAAGGCUUCACUUAUCAGAUCAUGGCACCUGAGGAUCUCCAUGUCUUCUCUCAGCUCUCCACGGCAAAUGUUAACCAGAGGAUUACUAUUCCCUACACUGGUGCCUUUGGUGUGAUUAGUCAUCGACUGAAGCGGAUUUACGAGAGUGUGGAAUCUUCAACUGAUGAAGAGCUGGGGAUCCCUACUUUAAGAGUACACGAUCGAGUCACCGUGAAGCUUGAAUCAGACAAGCAUAUUUCACUGCACUGGGCUUCAGAUCCAAUCAGCGACAUGGUCUCGGAUUCCAUUGUUGCUCUGGUUCUGAACAUCAGCAGGGAGAUACCAAAGGUUGUGGUCGAAUCAGAAGAGUUGAAGACCGAGGAAGAAGACGACGGGAGCAGCAAAAAGGCAGAGAAGAUUGUUCAUGCGCUCCUCGUGUCCCUCUUUGGGGACGUGAAAUUUGGAGAGGACGGUAAGUUGGUGAUCAAUGUCGAUGGGAACGUGGCACACCUCGAUAAACAGAGUGGGGAGGUCGAGAGCGAGAAUGAAGGCCUCAAAGAAAGAGUGAAGGUUGCUUUCCGGCGGAUCCAGGGUGCCGUCAAACCGAUCCCCCUCUCAGCGUCUUAGCUCACCCCUCUUUUGUAUCAUAAUGGUUCAAGGGUGAACCUCGUGGCCAUGCGAGUAGUCUUGCAGAGAUGGCCUAGAAAGGAAGCGUAGCUGUUGAUCUUCACAGACGUUGUGGCAUUGAGAGGGAUACUAAAAAAUUACUGCUUGCGAUUCAUCUGGUUCAAAGACGGUGAUAAUUAAUUGGGAAAAAAAAAACAUAUCGAAACAUCUUUUUACUCAUUGUCUCAAUCCUUUUUUUAAUGGUCGAUAUCGUGACUACAGCCUUUAUAUGCAAGCAGCUGAUACUGAUAGGUACAUUUUUAUUUUAAUUAUAUUCAAUAAAUGAAUGUUAUCUUAAUUUUUGGGCCUCAAAAAAGCCCCGUCA